CCAUCACGUCACACGUCUCCUCCUGAAAAGCGGCCGUCCCGCGGCCCGCCGAGCUCACAAGCGCUUUGCUCAUCUUCAUCCGCUCUUCGUCUUCAGCAGCUGUGCCUUGCUCAUGGGAUUUGGGGAAAGAGAUAACGACAUGGCUCAUCACAAUCAUGAGAUGAGUGUGGUGCUGAGGGUCUCGCACCUCCCUCUGGUGCGCUCGGCGCUGGAGUUGGUGACCUCGAUGUACUCGGAGGCCAAAGGUCGCUACCCUCUGCUGAGCUUGGUUGGAGGCGUGGCCGAGGUGGGCGUCCAAAAUGCCUCCAAGGUGGCCUUGAGCGGAGCCACGCCCCUCGUGCAGACCCUCAGGCCUCAGAUCGAGGCGGCGAACAGUUUUGCUCUGGUGGGUCUGGACCAGCUGGAGAGGACCUUUCCCAUCCUUAACCAGUCCACCGACGAGGUGGUGGGUCACCUGAAGGAUGCCUUCUUCCUGACGCUGGAUGACAUGCAGCUGUGGAUGGUGGAUGGAUUGGACGGCGCGUUGGACCAGAUGGAGCGUCUGUCUAACUCCGCCUGGAUGGCGGUGCGGCAGGUGCAGGAGUCGCAGGUGGGACGCGCCGCCUCGUCGGGUCUGGAUGACUUGCUCAGCCGCCUGGAGGACGCCACCGCCUACUACAUGCCGCUGCCUCCCACGCUCCGUCGCGAGUGGGAGAUGCGGGUUCAGGAGUAUGAGGACGAAGAUGACGACGAGGAGCCCAGCGUCUGGACCCGCGUCCGUAGCCUCCUACUCUCCAUAAGCCUGCAGCUUUACCACCGCAUGGCUAAGGUCCAAGAACAGCUGGAGGACGCCACCGGAGCCCUGGGGGACGCCGUCCAAGCGGUGGGACUGGGGACUGUGCUGGAAGUGCUGGGGGAGUUGCUGCAGUACUUGCAGAGGCUGCUCGUGGCCCUUGUGUACCGCACAGAGAUGCUAAGGCAGCUGACCCUGGGCCGCGUUCGCGAGCAGGCUGUCGUGUUAGCGGAGCUUCGUCCGGUGCAGCAGAUCCGAGAGCUCCCGCUUCAGGUCCGCCACCUCCUGGAGGAUCUUCAGAAGCUCUCCAGGAUUCUCCUCCAGCUCGUCAUCAACACCACGCCACUGUACGACUUGCUCCAGCAGCCGUCCAACAAAGAGGUGGAGGAUUUCCUGAACCAGGAGGACUUCCGUGCGGACAGCUCGUCCCGCCGCAGCUCAGCCAACAGUCUGUUCCUGAAAGCCAUGGACGGACGUCCUCGCCGGCGCAAGAGUCUUUUCUCCAGAGCCGCCCGCAGUCCAGGCCCGGAUGCCGCCGCCGUUGCCCCUGCGGCCGCCUCCGGCCAGCGCUCCAGCCUGAAGCAGGACGCGGAGGCGGACGGCUCCCCCGUCCUUUCCGAUAGCGCCGCCCAACGCCGUCCCUCCGCCGCCGAGCUCAUCCUUUCGCCGCUCAAGCAGUUUGUGUCGCAGAGCCAAAAGGCCUUCGAGUACCUCAACCCCAACUCGGUGGAAGAGCCCAUCAACAGCGCCACCGACUGAUGAGCGCCACCCCGUCCACGCCACAGCACGGUGCCGCCGCUUCCCCCGUGCCUCCCCUGC